CGCGCGGGCCGGGGGACGGCCGGGCUGCGCCCCGCUGACCGCCGGGCGGGUCAUGGCGACCGCGAGCGCAACAAGAAGCGGCUGCUGGAGCUGCUGCGGGCGGCCGGCACCGGCAACGCGCACUGUGCGGACUGCGGGGCGGCAGAUCCCGACUGGGCCUCUUACAACCUGGGGAUCUUCAUCUGUCUCUACUGCUCCGGCGUCCACCGCAACUUCCCGGACAUCAGCAGAGUUAAAUCCGUGAGACUUGACUUCUGGGACGACAGCAUCGUGGAGUUUAUGACCCACAACGGAAACCUCCGUGUGAAGGCCAAGUUCGAAGCCAGAGUCCCAGCUUUCUACUACGUCCCCCAGGCCAACGACUGCCUGGUCUUGAAGGAGCAAUGGAUUCGAGCAAAAUAUGAGAGACAGGAAUUUAUGGCCGAUGGGAAAAUCGUCUCCCCACCAGGCAACCGCGAAGGCAUCCUGUGGAAGCGAGGGCGGGACAACGCACAGUUCCUGAGAAGGAGGUUUGUCCUUCUGGCAAGAGAAGGCGUUCUGAAGUACUACACUAAGGAGGAGGGUAAAAGCCCCAAGGCUGUCAUCAGCAUCAAGGACUUGAAUGCCACCUUCCAGACAGAGAAGAUAGGGCAUCCUCACGGACUGCAGAUCACCUACAGGAAAGAGGGCCACACCAGGAGCCUGUUUGUGUAUCACGAGAGUGGGAAGGAGAUAGUGGACUGGUUCAACGCCCUCCGUGCAGCCCGGCUGCAGUACCUGCAAACGGCCUUCCCUGAGCUCCCGGAGUCGGAGCUCCUGCCCCUCCUCACGAGGAAUUACCUCAAACAAGGCUUCAUGGAGAAGACGGGUCCAAAGCACAGAGAACCUUUCAAGAAAAGGUGGUUCGCCCUGGAUCCCCAGGAGCGGAGGCUGCUCUAUUACAAGAACCCACUGGACGCCUUUGAGCAGGGCCAGGUCUUCCUCGGGAGCAAGGAGCACGGGUACGAAGUCUGUGAAGACCUGCCCAAGGGCGUCCGGGGGAGCCGCUGGAAGGCUGGCCUCACCGUGGUCACCCCAGAGCGGAGAUUCGUCCUCACCUGCCCCACGGAGAAGGAGCAGCGCGAGUGGCUGGAGAGUCUGCGGGAGGGUCCUGGCCCGGCCCCUGACGCCCCUCCUCCUCGGUCACCAGGGGGCUUCCCUGUGUGCCCCCAGCCCUGUGGAAAGAGAGGAGAGUGACGAACUGCAGCAGGAAGCUUCCCACCCAGGGCCUGACUUCAGGGGCACCACGGAGAUGUUCUGUGUUUGGAAAAGUACAGACUGAGCAGGUGACACCGCGCGGUCCCCUGGGGGCUGGAGUCCACCCACUGUCCCAGAGCCAAAGCCACAGCGCCUCAAAAAGUUUUAGAAACUGCUAGCAAAGCAUGUCACCUUUCUUUUAACAUUUUAAUUUUUUAAAACUAUUUAUUUUAUUUGAAAGGCAGAGAGAGAGAGAGGGAGAUCUUCCAUCUGCUGGGUCACUUCCCAAAUGGCUGGAGCUGGGCCAGGUGGAUGCCAGGAUUCAGGAACUCCAUCUGGGUCUCCCAUGUGGGUAGUAGGGGUCCAAGCACUUGGGCCAGCUUCUGCUGUUUUCCCAGGCACAUUAGCAGGGAGCUGGAUCAGAAAUGGAGCAGCCAGGACUUCAGCCAGCAUUUCUGUCUGUGUCUGUUUUUCUCUCCUCCUCUGCUGUCUGUCCUCUGCUGUCUGUCCUUACGUUUUUGGUCUGUUUUUCACUCUGGCGCCUUCUGUCACUGUCAGCCUGUCUCCUUGCUGUCUCUUCCCUCCAGCAGGCCUGCACCAGCACCACCACCUCCCUCAGCCCCCCUUCUCUUCACUUGUAGCUGCAUCAACAGGAGUGGCCAGAGCAGCAGGUGACUGGUCUCCCAGGAGCUGGCUGCCCA